AUGGAGCAGAAGGAGGAGAAGCCCUCUGAAGAUGGGACCACUGUCUCCCCAACCCCAGAGGCCCCUGGGACGCAGGGAAGCGGAGCCUCUGCAGGAGAGGCCAAAGGCACCACCGAGGCGAGCGGAAAAGAGGGGCCCCUGGACGGAGCGGGAAAGCAGGAAAGAGCACCAGCCGAGGACGGCGCCCCAGCUGGAGUUCAGGGAGAAGCCAAUGGGUUGGAUGAGGUCAAGGUGGGAUCCAAAGCAGAGGCUGAACUUCACAAGGGAGACGGCAGGAAGGAAGAGACCACAGUGGCUCCUCAGAUGACCGAUGGGAAGGAAAAGACCCAGGCCGACCCCAGGGAGGCUGAGGAAGCGCAGGGGACCAUGCCGGCCUCUGAGAAGCAGCAAGCUGAUGAGAAGGACGCCAAGCCUCCUUCCAGGGAGGAAGCCGGUGGGAACGAUGAGACCAAGGCUGAGCUCAAACGGGCUGCUGGGGAGCAGAAGGCCAAGACUGAAGCCAAGGAGGCUGAUGGGAAGGAGGAGGCCACGACAGCCUCUCAGGAGAAGAGCAGCAAGACAGAGGAGCCCACAGCUGAAGCCCAGAAGAAAGCCAGUGCCCCAGAAGCCCUCGCAGACUCUCAGAAGAAGGCUGCUGUGGAAGGGGAGACCGACGCUGAGCCUCAGGAAGCUGACGUGAAGAAGGAGGCGGUGAGUGUGGUGAAGGAGAGGAGGGAGGAGGCCCCCACCGAGCCAGGCAGUCCCAAGGAAGAGCAGGACGGGGGUGCGCAGAUAGAGUCGGAGGAAGGAGCAGGGGUGAUUCCCAGCUCCCCUGAGGAAUGGCUUGAGAGCCCCACAGAAGAGGGCAGUGGCCUCAGCCCAGAUGGGCUGGGUCCAGACUCGGCAGCUUCUGGAGAGACCAGCCCUUCAGCCAGUGAGUCUUCACCCAGCGAUGUGCCCCAGAGUCCCACAGAGCCCCCUCCCUCCCAGGAGAAGAAGAGAGAGAAGGCACCAGAGCGCAGGGUGUCAGCCCCUGCCCGGCCGCGUGGGCCCAGAGCACAGAACCGCAAAGCCAUCGUGGACAAGUUUGGCGGGGCUGCGACGGGCCCCACUGCCCUGUUCCGAAACACGAAGGCCGCAGGGGCAGCCAUUGGUGGGGUCAAGAACAUGCUCCUGGAGUGGUGCCGGGCCAUGACAAGAAACUAUGAGCACGUGGACAUCCAGAACUUCUCCUCGAGCUGGAGCAGUGGCAUGGCCUUCUGCGCCCUCAUCCACAAGUUCUUCCCCGACGCCUUCGACUACGCAGCGCUGGAGCCCACGCAGCGCCGGCACAACUUCACCUUGGCCUUCGACACAGCAGAGAAACUGGCCGACUGCGCCCAGCUGCUGGAGGUGGACGAUAUGGUGCGGCUGGCGGUGCCUGACUCCAAGUGUGUCUACACCUACAUCCAGGAGCUGUACCGCAGCCUUGUGCAGAAGGGGCUGGUGAAGACCAAGAAGAAGUGA